UGGGGAAUUUACCAGUGCUGUAUUGUUUUCAGCGUGAAAUGCAGUUCCUAAUCUGUUUUAAAAAAUACAUUUACAGUGGGAGAACUUGAGCUCAUUAGCACAACUAAUUUUACAAGAGACAGGUUUAACAAGGCAAUGCAUGUGUUUUCGUGAGUGUGUGUAUGGUGGUUACUUUGGGCUUGUUAUCCUCCUCCAACAUGUCAGCUUUGGCUUAAAGAGUCCUAUUCCUUGCAUCCUGAUUCUUGCAGUUUAAACAAAGAAGAAUGAACAUGGAUUUUUCUCAACUGCACACAUAUACACCGCCACAGUGUGCUCCAGAGAACACCGGCUAUACCUACUCUCUCAGUUCUGAAAGCACAAUGUCUAUUUUUAUCACCCAUGUGGGCCGUGGGUGCCGCCUGGGAGAGUGAACGGAACAGAGAUCAAUUUGGAAACCGAUAACCACUGAAAAGACUCUAGCUACUCAACAGCAGCGUUAGAUUUUGAGAAGGAGCACCAGAUUGCCGCCGUAUACGAGUCGCCCAGGAUGUCACGGCGGAGCCUGCGUCUGCAGACUGGUGCCGGUCACUAUGACAAUGAAAGCCUGUCCGAAUACUCCCAUAACCACAGCGACAGCAACAGCUAUACCAGCACCAAGAAAGAGACACGGGCGCUGCGAGGCAAAAAGCAACAGUCCAGUUCCAGCUCCCGGUCUCUCUCCUUAAGCCAAGCUGCUACACCGAGGAAAACCCUCUCCUUCUCAGCCGCUAAUACCCCAAUUAACAGCAACAGCAGCGUCAUUCAUGAAAGCCACACAGCGUCUGACGGAUCGCUACUCGCCUCCAUCCUGGAUCAGUCCAGCCUGAGACAACGCACCCACACCACAACCACAACCACCACUUUUGUGGAUGGGCACCUGGGGAGGAAUGACCACAGUUCAUCAAGUGUGAACGGUGACGCCAGCGCAUCAAAGUCCCACACCGCAGUCGCCAAUGGUUACAUCUGCAAAGACUGCUCGUUUCACUCUCAGACGGAGUCCCCUAUCACAUGUUCAUCUUCAUCAUUAUCAUCAUCAUCUCAGGCUGCAGAAGCUUCCUCGGACGCCCUCUUUUCCUCUUCCUCGGACGCCCACUUUUCCUCUUCCUCGUCACCCUUCACAAGCAUAUACUCCAGAGACAGGACUCGAAGGAACAAGACAGGUGUCCUGGUGUCUAUGUCUCACACGUGUAUGCGCUACAGCAAGCGAGCCCUGGCUCCCAUAGUGUCCUUAGUCACCCUGCUCUUCAACAAUGUGCUCUGGCUCGGUUCAAGGGCAAAGAGCCCGCCAGGAAAAGGUGUCCUUGUGUCGUGUUCGGACUCAAUGAAACAAGCGGUGUCCUCCAGUUUUUCCCAACUGUGGCUGUUUAAGCAGAACACUCUUCACAGGAUGAUGGGCCACAGGGCUAAUGGCUAUGAAGGACAAGCUCACUCAAGUUUCUGUGGAAGCAUGAAUGUGAAGGACCUGGUGACUGAGGAGGCCUCACAUCUUAAACUCAAUGGUUCCCUGUGCGAUGACUGUAAAGGGAAGCAGCAUUCAGAGACACACACCGUCCUCCUCACACAGUCCUCCAGGCCUCGACGCCUGGUGGGGGCGCUGUGGAGCGUCCUAGCUUAUGCAGGUCACUGUCUCCUGCAGCCAGGCUACUGUGUGGCGGGAGCCGGCAAAGCGUUGGGGUCAGGGGUCGGGACAGUGGUUCGGACAGUGGUGCAGAGGCUGCUCUCCGUCUUCUGGAUGCUCCUGGCUGCUCCAGUGAAGGCAGGCCGAGGACUCUUGUGUUUUCUUGCAACAGGAUGGUACCAGCUGGUGUCUCUUGUGUCUCUUCUCAAUGUCUUCUUUCUGACACGAUGCCUUCCCAAACUCUGGAGGCUCCUGCUAUUCCUUUUGCCCCUUUUGCUCCUCCUUGCGUUUUGGUUUUGGGGUCCGUCCGCUGCUGCCAUACUUGCCUACCUCCCAGCCAUAAACCUAACAGAGUGGCGUCCGGCGUCUCCCAUCACCCUCCUGUCCAACUUGGUGCCAGCUGUUGCUCCGGCCCCUGCCUCUGUCCCCGUCCUUCCAGCAGAGACUCUAGUGGAGCAGACCCCAGCCACCCCGGUCUCACCGGCACCGCCACUCCUCCCCCCUGUGGCAGUCUCUAGUAUUGACUUGGAGCGCCUGGAACGUGUGGAGGGCAAAUUAACCCUGCUGUGGGAUCGAGUCCAGCAGGGUGAACAUAAGCAGGAUCAGAGUCACAGGGACGUGUUGGCUCUCUACAGCUCCCUGAAAGAGCAUUUCCACACAGAGACAGACAGAGAGACCCUGGGACUGUGGGUGUCCUCCCUGCUGGAGAACAGACUGGGCGUGUUGCGGGGGGAGCUGGAGCAGGAGAGUACACACAGAGCCCAGAGUGCUGAGCAGCAGCAGAAGCACCAAGAGGGUCAGGCAACACGGCUGGCUGAUUUAGAGUUGUGGCUCAAUGCUCUGACUGCCAAGACUGAGGAGGUGCAACAGAGGCAGCAGCAGUAUGAGCACGAGAAGCAGGAAAAGGAGGAGGAGGUUGUCCCUUCAGCAGCAGACACGGUUCCUGUCAGUGUGGGCGUGAAGCAGGAGGAACAUGAUGCUCUGCUAGCGGAGGUGAAGAGACUUGAGCUGGAGCUGGGCAAAAUCAGACAGGAUCUGCUGGGCGUUGUGGGAUGCAAGGGCAAGUGUGAGCAGCUGGAAACACUGCAAGAGACGAUAUCAGCCCAGGUGUCCUCCCAGGUAUCCUCCCAAGUAUCCUCCCAGGUGCGUAAGGAGCUGCAGGCUCUGUUCUUCGGCAGUGGUGGGUCAGGAGCGGAGCAGGGAGAGGUGCCUGAGUCUCUGAUCCUCUGGUUGUCUCAGCGCUACGUCAGCACACCCGACCUGCAGGCCUCCCUCUCCUCACUGGAGCACAGCAUCCUGAAAGACGUGUCCCUGCAGCUGGAACUUAGCCAGGCUCAAACCCUGGGAGAGGCUGAGUCCCAAGCCAAGACCAUCGUUCAGACCGUGAGCGGGAGCGUCCAGCACACUGCUGCUGCUGAGGGACUGACGAAAGAGCAAGUGGCGCUGAUUGUCCAAAACGCUUUGAGGCUCUACUCCCAGGACCGAACAGGCCAGGUGGACUAUGCCCUGGAGUCUGGAGGUGGCAGCAUCCUCAGCACUCGCUGCUCUGAGACGUAUGAGACCAAGACGGCCCUCAUGAGUCUGUUCGGCCUGCCUCUCUGGUACUUCUCCCAGUCUCCACGGGUCGUCAUCCAGCCCGAUGUGUACCCCGGUAACUGCUGGGCGUUCAAAGGCUCUCAGGGUUAUCUGGUGAUUCGGCUGUCCCUCAGGAUCCUGCCCACAUCCUUCUGUGUGGAGCACAUCCCUAAGGCCCUGUCUCCGACCGGAAACAUCACCAGCGCGCCACGCAACUUCACUGUCUUUGGUCUUGAUGAUGAGUACCAGGAAGAAGGGAAGCUGCUGGGGCAAUACGUGUAUGAGGAAGAUGGAGAGUCACUGCAAACCUUUCCUGUUAUGGAGCAGAAUGACGGGUCCUUUCAGAUCAUAGAGGUGCGCGUGCUGUCUAACUGGGGUCACCCAGAAUACACCUGCAUGUACCGCUUCAGAGUACAUGGAGAACCUCGGCCUCAGUGAACCAGCCACUACCAUCCACACUCAUAAAUGACAUAUCACAAUAUCUGUACAUAGCUCUCGCCAACUUCUUUUUAAACAACAGGGACGGGACUCGGCAGAACUCUGUGGACGUUUUUAUAUGAAAGACAUGAAGACAAUGAAGUUGUGGAUUGUAAGGAAUGUUUCCUGGCUGAAUCAUGAACAUGUGUUUUACAAUACUAAAGAAUCGCAGGAUAGUCUGUAUGUGGACUGAGUGAUUUCAGAAGAAGAAGAGAACCUCAGAAGAAGCUAAAACUCCCAGUCCUCUUUUUGUCAAAAUGCCUCUUGCGCUGAAUCAGCCCGUUAGGGGCGACCGGCUCCACGGAGUGGACACAUCCAUCCCUCUCUUGGCACCUUCCACUCCUACAGGGAGUUGGACGCUUAGAAUGGGGUUUAUGGAAUUAUAGACACAUCUCCACCAUUUCCUCAUCUGCCGCAUCUCAGUCUGAUUUUGGUUUCUGUACUUAAUCAUCUAUAUUUAACUCUGAUUUCCUGUGACUCUACUAUUUUCCGGAUCAUAGCCACUUUUGCCUGUGAUACUGAACAGGCAUGUCACUCCUUUUGUUGCUGUCAAGUCUCUGAAAUGACUUUACCUGAGCUGUUUGGGCAGCCUUCAAAACUGCACACCACUCACAGUGGAUAUAUAAAGUUCACUACAUUCAAGGCCCCAUGCAUCCACAUAACCUUUUUUCUUUGGGAACUGAACAUGUUGCCUAUGGACAGGCUCUGAAUGUCUCCUCAAGUGAAUGCUUGAUGCAAAUCAUCCUUUAACUUCACUCCAACAGAAGCAAUCAACACUAUAACCACUGACCUGAGCUUUGAGCUGUUUUAGGAGGAUCCUCACUUUGUAAUUUAGACAAGAUAUGUGUAUGGUUAUGGAUGGACUCCAGGAUUAACACUUGCAUGUGACUCUUCCCAAACCAUUCUCCUAACUUGCAAAGUAAAUGCAUCCUGGAUUUACAUGAGGUAUGAAGGCGUUGGGUCCUGUGCCUGGAUCUCAAAAUACUAAUGACAGAUGUCAAAAGCUAACUAAAGACUGUAAUUUAGCUUUAAACAUCUUGCUGUCGAACGCUAAAUGAUUUAAUUACUCCUGUAGACAAGAGUGUGAUUUUUCUUUCCUGAUUCUCUAAAGAGGCGACUGUGUCUCCCUCUAGCUCAGUUUUAAACGUCCUCCUCACAUGGGCUCCUCUAUUCUGAAACCCUGAAGGAAUGUAUUCUGUAUAUUUUAUUGUUGAUAGUCGGUCCUUUAUAAUAUCUGCUUUUAUCAGUGUUGCUUUAUAAAAAAAUCAUCCUUUCAUAAUUAUCAUGUAUUACUACCAUUAUUUCUACUGUUACUCAUCGUGUUGUUUUCCUUUAUUUUGUUUAGUUUUUUGGGGGGGGGUUGGAUGUCGAAGGAUGCACUGCAAUGACUUGUCAGAGAAAUGUUUGUGGCACAGGUCUUCAGAAUUUGUUUUUUUAAUUGAGGGUGUAUGUAUUCAUUAAUUUUGGUUCCAAAUAUGGGGAAGUCUAAAAUGUUAUGUAUAAAAAAAUGUUAUGUUCACAAUAUUAUUUAUUAACAAGUCAAUUAGUGACGGCAAGAUGUGAGUUACUGCGAUGUAUAUUUUGUCAAAAGCUGUUCAGUGCAUUUUGGAAGCAUCUUGGGACUUUUUUUUUUUUUUAAAGAUAAAUGGCUAUUUUUGUUCAGUCAUGAGAUGACUUGACUGCUUUGGAAUAUAUUCCAAUAAAGAUUUUAAUUUUGAAGAA